GUAAGGACAGUAAGCGCCGUGCUGCUUCGCCGGUCACGUUAUUUUUUUUUAAUAAAUUUAUAAAUAAAUAUUUUUUUAUUUUUAUCAACAAUGCUUAAAAAAUAUAUUUAAAAAUUAUUAAUUCAUUUUUUUUUAAAUCUUUUUAAUAAUUUCAAGUAAAUAAGGAUACCAUAAUUAAUUCUCCAGCAGCAACAAAGUGUUUGUGUGAGUGCUCGUGCGUGUUUAAAACCAGUAUGUGCUUUUAAACAGUGUUGUACUUGAUUUUCAACACAUUAUUGUUGUUAUUAUUAUCAUAUAUGUGCGCAGUUAUUUUUAGAUUCAAUUCAGCGGUCCUUCAUUCAAAAAUACCACAAGGUGCCAAUAAAUUAAUCAUGGACACGGAAAUAAUGGACUCUUCACUAUCGGCACCGUCUCCUGCGAGACAAACUGCGACUCAAGGAUUGUCAUUUGAAUUAGAGAGCGGAUUCGAGCCGCAAAUACGUGCGAGAUCAAACACGUGGCCUCUGCCGAGGCCUGAAGGCUAUGUUGACGCUAGUGAUAGCAAUGGGAAGGAUGAUCCCAAUACUAAUGCUCUUCUUCAGCAAGUUGCGCUAGGAAAUGCUCUUAUUCCGCUGAAAAAAAAUUCUUCGAGAAGAAAUGCUUGGGGAAAUUUGAGUUACGCGGAUUUGAUUACUCAGGCUAUUACUAGUGCUGCGGAUAAACGGCUAACCUUGUCGCAGAUUUAUGAGUGGAUGGUGCAGAAUGUUCCUUAUUUUAAGGACAAGGGCGAUAGUAAUAGCAGUGCUGGCUGGAAGAACUCAAUCAGGCACAAUUUGUCGCUGCACAACAGAUUCAUGCGGGUGCAGAACGAAGGAACUGGAAAAUCUUCCUGGUGGAUGAUAAACCCGGACGCCAAGCCUGGAAAGUCGGCGCGUAGAAGAGCAACGUCAAUGGAAACGAGCAAGUUUGAAAAACGUCGAGGUCGAGUAAAGAAAAAGGUAGAAGCACUUCGGAACGGACUGCAAACCGACGCAGCGACAUCUAGCCCGAGUAGCAGUGUAAGCGAAGGUCUUGAUUUAUUUCCUGAGAGUCCUCUUCACACCAGCAGUUUCCAGCUUUCGCCCGAUUUUCGUCCUAGAGCGUCGAGCAAUGCAUCGUCAGUAGGACGACUGAGUCCCAUUCCGUCGGUUCUUGGCGAGCCUGACUGGACACCUAGCUACGUGUCUUCUUACAGUCCCGAGCAAUUAGCUGGUAAUCUAGCGGAAGCUAUGAAGUUAGAGUCCUAUCAAAUGUACCAACCCUCGCCUGGAAGCCAGCAGCAGCAGCAGCAACAACAACAUCAACAGCAACAACAGCAGCAGCAACAACAACCACCACCGUCUUAUUUUGAGGCGCAACAAUACUCGAGAAAUAACUCAAUGCGGUCCGCUGCAUCGCCUUACAGUUUACCUGCACAGCCUAAUAAUCAUCAUCAACGGUGUUCAAUUCAUCGCUUGCAAACAUGUUCCUGUCAAAUGAACACAAGUCCUGUAUCGAGUAUGUCACCAACGUAUCACCAAAAUGACUCACGUCCAUCAUUGUGCGCUCAACAAUCAGCAACCCAACCUCAGCAGCAACAACAGCAGCAAUUGAAAGAACCUAAGCAAGAUCGUAAAGAGCAGCCUCAGUCUUUUCCUUAUUUAAUGCAGUGUCAGCAGCGAUUACAAAACCAAAAUCAUCAAACAGUAUCUGUAAACUCUAGUCCUUCAGCAGCUGUCAAUUUUUUAGACGGGUCAUCUGAUUUAUCCUGCUGUAAUAAUUUAGAUUUAAAUGCUGCUAGUACAAUGAUGGGAGAGUUGAUGGGGGCUUUAAAUAAUAGUGCUUUAUUAGAUGAUCUUAAUAUUAAUAUUGAGGGUCUUCAUGGUGGAUUUGACUGUAAUGUUGAUGAGGUAAUCAAACACGAAUUGUCAAUGGACGGUACACUGGACUUUAAUUUCCAAAACGGUGUAAUAGAUCCAGCUUUGGAUUCGGUGACCGACGACGACAUAAUCCAAGGAAACGUAAUGGGUGCUAACAAUACUGUAAAUUCGCCAGCACCCGGAACUUCCGCGAGCGGUACCAGCUAUGUCACCGCCAAUAAUCCCACAGCGGCCACGGCGACACCCUCUUGGGUUCACUAACAGUAUCAAUCAAUGUAUAUUAUCAUCUUCAUCACCAUCAUCAUCUACGACAUCAACUUUAGCCAUGUUUCUUACAAUGCGUACGCUCAACAUGGACAAUAUUUUAUGGUCAUCUGAUAAAUACUUAAAACGGAUUACACUCAAAUUUCAACCGAUACACCACAAGACAA